UCUUAGAGGCCGAACUCGGGUUCUGACAAGAUGGCCGGGCUGCCCCGCAGGAUCAUCAAGGAAACCCAGCGUUUGCUGGCAGAACCAGUUCCCGGCAUUAAAGCAGAACCAGAUGAGAGCAAUGCCCGUAAUUUUCAUGUGGUCAUUGCUGGCCCCCAAGAGUCCUCCUUUGAGGGAGGGACUUUUAAACUUGAACUAUUCCUUCCAGAAGAAUACCCAAUGGCAGCACUUAAAGUACGUUUCAUGACCAAAAUUUAUCAUCCUAAUGUAGACAAGUUGGGAAGAAUAUGUUUAGAUAUUUUGAAAGAUAAAUGGUCCCCAGCACUGCAGAUUCGCACAGUUCUGCUAUCAAUCCAGGCUUUGUUAAGUGCUCUUAAUCCAGAUGAUCCGUUAGCAAAUGAUGUAGCCGAGCAGUGGAAGACCAGUGAAGCCCAAGCCAUAGAAACAGCGAGAGCAUGGACUAGGUAUAUGCCAUGACUAUAUGCCAUGAAUAAUAUUUAUGUCGAUCAGAUCAUCAAGUCUACAUUAUUUCUCCUGUUCUGCCAAGACUCUUCCUUUUUUUGUUUGCAUUUAAUGGACACAGUCUUAGAAACAUUACAGAAUAAAAGCCCAGGCAUUUUCAUCUUUGGUGAUUACAUGCACAUUAGCAAGUCUAUAUCUUGUCCUGAUUCACUGUUGUAA